CUAUACAUAUACGCAAGCGCAUGCGAAUGAAUACGACGAUGCUCGCGCGGGCAAUUCCGACCCAGGAGGCGCCAUGGUCGUUGUGUGCUUGCUGCGGAGUGGCAGUGUUUUGAUUGUGCAAACGCGAUGCGUAGCGAUGUAGUUUUUCUCACUCUUCUUCUUCCCCUCCUUGUCCAGUCAUACGUCUUGAACGCUACCAAAGAGGGGAGGAAGGGACUAAUCUUCUUGACAGCAGGAAUUAUGAGGAGCUCCAGACCGAGGGGCGAUGAUUUGAAGUCUCUUUCUUGAUGUAGUCUGUGCUGUUUUCUUGGAUCAGCUCCGGCGCUGAAGGGCUUCAGCUUUUGAGCAAUAAUUGUAGUUUUGGUAGUGUACAAGUGAUGUGGUGUUCUGCGUCAAUGUGUGCUGUGUGAGGUGGAACUUGUGGUGGAUGGGUCGGACGGUUUGUGGUGUUAGCAGCCUGCAGUGAGCGGCAGAGUGUUGGUAAAAUUUGCCGUGUAAGUGGAGACCCUUUUCUGUUUGUAUCAACGACGUACCGUUGAGUGAAAUAUGUGUCCGUCAAUCUGCCGUCGCUUUUUUCUUUUUGGCACUGCUCGAUGUUAGCUUAUUGUGACUGAGCAAGUUUUCGCCCUCUAGUUUUGUACGCGCGUGCAAUUUGAAUCACCAGACAGUAGAUUGCACAAAAUUUAUACUGAUGUCCACAUUAUCAAGUGGAGGAACCUUAAGCUAAAGAUUAUUCUCUCAGUGACUGGAAGAGAGUCGGCUUGCAUCACUGCAUACUCUUCAUAUCGCAAAGUAGGAAAAUGGGACGUCGCUAUUUCAGUGGCAUGAGAUAGAGCUCAUAAUCAGAGAGUGGUACAUUUAACUCUGAUCGUACAGGAGUGAACUAGAUGCAGUUUCGAAACCUGUAUUUACGCCAGUUUUUGGUGUGAAUAUUGUUAGAUGAUUUUUGCAAGUUUACGCAGCACACAGGAAGUGAGGAUCUUUGAACGUUUAUGUGAUCAAGUUGUGCCGAUCGGCUAUUGGAAUGAAUCUCAAGUAUGGAAGAUCUGUUGCUACCCAGCGUAAACGUUCCGAACUGCGUGUGUGGGUUCUUUCAAACUCACGGAGCCACCGUUGCGUAGUCAAGGUGGAAGAAGUGCAGUGGCAGCUCAGAAGCCAACCCAACUUGAAAGCUGUAACUGGACACACUUGGAAUGCAUGAAACGUUGUGGAUUAUUCUCGUCUUCAAGUUCGAAUCUUUAUUAAUUGACUUCAGAGGUUUCCCUCUCGACAUUAUAGUUGACUUUGUAUCACGAAAGUCGAUUCUGGGUAGAGAGUCUUCGUAAUGGGGUGCGCCAACUCGAAAGUAGACAAUGAGGAGGGAGUUGCAAGAUGCAACCAGAGGAAGCGCCUCAUGAAGCAGACCGUUGCUUCUCGACACAACCUCGCAGCUUCGCAUGCGCAGUUUGUUGUUUCUCUUAAAGGGGUUGGCUCAGCUUUCCGACAAUUUGCAGAGGGAGAGGUAAAGGACGUAGAAACUCACAUGAUUUGUCCUCCGGAAACACCAAGGACUCCGAGGACGCCCUCCCUAUCACUUGGUCCUCCUCCUCCUCCCUUAUUAUCACCACGAUCAUUUUCCUCCGGUUUAUCUUCCAUGUUUUUACCACGUCCUCUUCCUCACUCACCUCCACAAGUGAACCAUGUAGAACUACGGUCGCCUAACUCAAGAGCAGCUAGUUCACCAGACAGCUCAAGCAUGGAUUUUUUACCGCCUCCACCUCCCAUAAUUGCUAAGGAGUAUCGCAUGGAGCAUACGCUCUCUGUUGUACCAACUAAAAUUUACAGGUUUGAAGAAUCUCCUAAUUCUUACAUGCCAGAGCUAUAUAAAUUAGAAGAGUCCCCCCCUCCGCCACCUCUGAUUCAGCCUGUACAAUUAGAUGAUGAUUGGAGAUACUCUACUCAAAAUCUUCCUGUAUCGCGAAUAGCUAGAAAGAGUAGUCCUCCUCCCACACCGACCAUCAGUAGGGGCAGUUGGCAGGACUUAUUUAUGGAUCCAUUCCGACCUUCACCUCCGACUUUCAACUACAUGCAAAGCAGAAGGAAUCAGGAAUCGGAGGAGAAACAGUCUCAGAAGAUGGAAGAGCGAAGGCGUGAACAGGAAUCCGAGCAGCGAAGGAUCCAGGAGGCGGAACAGAGGAGAAAGAAUGAGGUCGAACAGAGGAGGUUUGAUGAGAAACAGAGGAAGGCCAAGGAGUUGGAGGAUUCGAGGAUUUGGGAGCGAAAGCAGAUGAAAGUUGAAGAGAUGGAGAAAAGCAGAGCUGAGGCGAUCCCUCCUAAACAACCUCUAGAAAUUAUCCCGCACAGAUCGUCAUCUGUUGAGGUUGAAUGCCUUGAAGCAGUGCUGGAUUCGAAUCAGAAGUUUCUGGACCAAGUAUCUACAUCCUAUCCAGAGCUGGAGGAAGCAGAUGUACCUGACCUUGAGGAUGUAGAUGAGGUUAUUUGGCAACCUGCUAAGGAUACAAAUGACGAGAAGGUUGAUAAAUUUGUCGAGGGACCAGAACCGGAACCUGAGACCCCGCGAAGAGGCUCGCCACAGGUUCAAGAGCAAUCACUAAAACCAUCGAAAGUAGCGAAAGCAGUGAAGGAAGCGAAGUCGCCCACGCUGGGGAAGAGUACUUCGAAACCUCCGAAACCUGAACAACGAGAAUAUGCAACAGCGAAGUUCAACACCAAUUUGGCUGUCAUCAGGGCCGAAAAGGACGACCGGGAUCUGCUCGACGUUCUGAAGGAGGUUGAUGAUUACUUUUUGAAAGCUGCGGAAAGUGGAGAGAAUGUUGCACGCAUGCUGGAGACAAAGAAAGCACACUAUCAUUCCAGUUUUUCAGAUGGUUUAAAAGUGGUGGGUGAAUCUGCAAGGAUAAACUUCUUAAAGCUAUCUGGAAAAUCUGGGCCAACGGGUGCUCAACAUUCUAGGACCAGCAGUAACACAAGUGUUUUAACUGACGACUCUGCGAGUGUAACGAGCAUGCGAUCUGUUAGCAACAUGAGUGUCGCAAGGUGGUCAGAAGAAUGUGGACUGACAGGCAGCCAUGCAGGAACUCUUGAUAAAUUGAAUGCCUGGGAAAAGAAACUUUACUUAGAAGUCAAGGAGGCAGAGGCUAUAAGGAUCGAGUUGGAGAGGAAGUACCAUUUAUUUAGGAAUCAGGAUGCCAAGAAUGAAGAUCAAACUAACAUUGAUAAAACUCGCGCCAGUAUCAAGUCUCUCCAAACUCGUAUGGUAGUAGCUAUUCAAGCUGUAGACAGUGCUGCACAGCAGGUUCAGAAGCUAAAGGAUGAUGAACUGUACCCACAACUUCUGGAGUUACUCGAAGGGUUGGGAACCAUGUGGAGGGACAUGUCUUUGUGUCAUCAAGCCCAGUUGAAAGCAGUAGUGGCUAUGAAAAAACUUGAUUAUUCUGCUGCCUGUGCACCAACUACAAGUUCUCAUCGCCAUUCAACCGCACAACUUGAACUCGCACUUAAUAAGUGGUCAGAGGGGCUGGGCAGGUUUGUACAGUCCCAACGAGAUUAUCUGAAGAAUUUAACCGCAUGGUUACGAUUGAGUCUCAUGCAAUUUGGGAAUGAGGAGCUGGAGAGGAGUGGAUCUAGAUCGCCUUUACGGUCGCCCGGGUCUCCCUUACAAAACACAGGGGCAAGUCCUGUUUAUAGCCUCUGCCAACGAUGGCAAGACGCAUUAGAUCAGCUAGCUGAUAGAGUGGUGCUGGAAGCAAUAGGGUCAUUUGCAGCGGUGGUGCGUGAGAUGCUGAGUUUGCAGUGGGAGGAACUGAGGAUUAAGAAACGGGCGGAAGCUCAUCACAAGGAACUGGAGAAAAGAGAGGCCGCUCUUAUGAGUGCUGCUAUGCGAGAUCCAGGCUCCAUGCCACCUCCAGUGCCACAGACGCCUUCCACCACUUCAGGCAGUGAUAUGGACGACGGCCGUUCUGAUAGUCGAACUGAUAGCCGUUAUGAUAUUGUUCCACGGGAGGUUUACUCAGAGCGAGCUGAAGUUGCUGAGAAGCGGCUCAAAAUGGAAGCUACGAGGAGAAAGCUUGAAGAUGAGCUUGAAUCUGAAAGGAAAGCGCAUAUGGAUACUCGAGCUUACACUCUUAACAGUCUGCAAGCUGGUUUGCCACAGCUCUUCCAAGCUGUUAUUGCCUUCAGUAACCUGGAAGCUGAAGUACAUGACAAAUUGAACACAGGCUUCAAGCAACCACGACAUUAACAAGUGAUCAUUCCUCCUUUUCUUUGUGGGUAGGCUCUCUCAAAAUUGAUCCUUUUAAGAGAAUACAUUAGCGAAAGAUGUUGAAUGACGUUUGAUCCCACUCCAAAGCCACGCUUCAGCAGUUAAUUUUCUAAAAGCUUCGCUGCUACUGCUGUGCUCAUCACUCGAUUUUUAGGACCCUGCCCUCAUGUAAAUUUUGAAGUUACUGCUGAGACCAGGCGGUUGUAGUUUGCGCGAUGUAUAUUUUUGUCAGCUUAAGCUCGAGGAAUGAACGGUUCCAAUUUCGGAUUUUACUCAAGGGUGUACUUUGUUGAACUAAAAAUAUACGUCAGUCUUUGCUUUUGCUUA